UCUACGAAUAUGAGUUCUGGAGUGCGCUUGCGGCUUCUCCCGAGUAGCAAGUGCUUAUUCAAUGAGGCGAUUCAGACAACAAUUGACGGACUAGUCCCCGGGCAGUGCGUGGAAUUGACCGCAAAACUCACCGAUGACAAAGGCGUAACAUUCAAGUCAUCGGGCACGUAUAGAGCAGAUCCAAGGGGAGAGAUACGUUUAGACAGCCAUCCUUCCCUUGGCGGCAGCUACAGUGGAGUUGAACCCAUGGGCCUUUUUUGGUCCAUGAGACCGGAGACGCCCCAUGUGAAACUAUGGAAGAGAGACGCGUUAAGCCCGUGUCUUGUGGAUAUUGAAGUUCACGACAGCGAGAGACAGGGGCAUAUUCUCGCCAGAGAGAAAAAUAAGAGAGGAUUCAUGGUAGAAGGUUUGCGGCGCAUACCAAUAAAAGAAGGAAGAAUUAGGGGUAUCCUCUUUCUGCCACUUGGUCCAGGUCCGUUCCCAGGCAUUGUGCAUAUGCAUACUUUAGGCGGUGGGCUGUCAGAAGUCAGUGGAUCCCUGCUAGCAAACCAAGGCUUUGUGGUUUUGAGUCUGGCUUUCUAUGGCUAUGAGGACUUGCCAAAAAACAUGACAAAGCUUGAUUUGGAAUACUUUGAAGAGGCCAUAAUGUUCCUGAGAAAACUGCCUGAGGUCAAAGCGCCUGGAGUUGGCAUACUGUCCAUCUCGAAAAGUGGCGAUUUGGCACUGUCCAUGGCUUCUUUCCUGACUGGUGUCUCAGCAACAGUCUGUGUCAAUGGUUGCAAUGCUAACAUCCUGGUCCCACUGCACUACAAGGGCAUGGUCAUCCCACCCCUUCUUGUAGAUGCAAAUAGAGCCACGGCCACAGAGUCUGGGGUUCUGGAUGUUAGCAACUGCCUUUUGGACCCCAUGGCCCCGGAGAACCAGGGAUCCCUCAUCCCCAUAGAGCGAGCCAAGUGCACGUUCCUGUUUGCUGUAUCAGGGGAUGAUAGAAACUGGAAUAGCUGCUCUUUUGCAGAGCAGAUGAUGAAGCGACUGAAGGAUCAUGGGAAAGAUGACUCCGAGCUGGUGGUUUACCCGAAGGCAGGGCACUUACUGGAGGUGCCCUACAUGCCGCAUUGUGCCACUGGCAUGCUUGCUGCUGUUGGCAAUGCUGUGGUGGCGUUUGGGGGUGACCCCAGUGCUCAUGCUGAGGCGCAGGUGGACCUCUGGAAUAGAAUUCCAGAAUUUUUCCGGAAACAUCUUGACAGCAAAGACGAGCUGAAAUUUGCAUACCAGGAGAAGGUGGGCGUGGAAGAUGCCAUCAUCUGCCUGCUGCACAGUACCCACUCUCAUCUGGACAAGGGGAAAGGUGCUGUGAGAAUCAUGUUCUUUGACUUCUCCAGCGCCUUCAACACCAUCCAGCCUGCCAGACUGAGAGACAAGCUUGUGCAGAUGGGGGUAGACACUCACCUGGUAUCCUGGAUUACAGACUACCUGACGGAGAGACAACAGUUCGUCAGGAUGAAGGACUGUUUCUCAGAGCAGGUGGUCAGCAGCACCGGAGCACCACAGGGGACUGUGCUUUCACCGGCCCUGUUCACCCUGUAUCUGACUUCAGGCACAACUCAGAGUCAUGCCACAUGCAGAAGUUUUCAGACGACACUGCAAUAG